AUGGCUGUUCCCUCCGGUGGGGUGACGCGGUGCCCCCCCCGGACCCGCGGCUGUUCCGCUGUGUUUUGGUGCCUUUUCCUGCUGGUUUUCUCCGUUGCUUUCGCGAGUCAUGAAAGCGAUGGAGAGGUCUCGGAUCUUCCAAACAACAACAGCAGGACUCAUAAGAAGGCGUUUCCCGUGUUGUCCUUCAACUACAGCCAUGUCCGAAAACCCUUUGAGAUCUCCAUGUGGAUCCUCCUGGCUCUGCUCAUGAAACUGGGUGAGUUCAGGACAUUACUGGUCUCAUUCUCAUGUCACAAACUAAAGCAGAACUAA